AAGAGGCAAGAAACUCACCCAAAUAAAAAAAUUAACAAUUAUAAAAAAUGUCCGAAAGAUAAUCGGUUUUAAAUUUUAAUUUCUUAUCGAUUUCGGACAUCCACAUUGGUCGUAGAUCUGUAAAAUUUUGCGUGUUUCGUUUUUGUGAAGUUUUGCAAUUAAGAUUAGAUUGUUGUGUUCAAGAGCAAAGUUAGAUCGUCUUUCUGUUUUCUGCAUUCCGGAUCUAAUCAGGGCGGGUCGAUUCGUUGUCGACAUUUUAGAAAUAAAAAAAAUUGUUUGGUGUUGGAUCUGAAGAAGAAGAAGAAGAAGAGGUAAUAAGAGAUGGAUCUAUCUGCGGUUAGCGAGGAGCUUGCUGAGAUCGAAGGACAAAUCAAUGACAUUUUCCGCGCUUUAUCAAAUGGAUUCCAGAAGCUGGAGAAGAUCAAAGAUGCUAGCAGGCAGAGUAGACAGCUGGAAGAACUCACUGACAAAAUGCGUGACUGCAAGAGCCUUAUUAAAGAUUUCGAUAGAGAAGUCAAAAGCUUGGAAAAUGGUAAUGAUGCCAGCACUAACCGGAUGUUGAAUGAUCGACGACAAUCUAUGGUUAAGGAAUUAAAUUCAUAUGUUGCUCUUAAGAAGAAAUACUCAUCCAAUCUAGCAAGCAACAACAAGCGAGUAGAUCUUUUCGAUGGUCCUGCUGAAGACCACAUGGAAGAGAAUGUCUUAUUAGCUUCAAAUAUGACCAAUCAAGAACUAGUGAAUAAAGGGAACUCCAUGAUGGAUGACACUGAUCAAGCCAUUGAAAGAGGGAAAAAGAUUGUUCAAGAGACUAUAAAUGUGGGCACAGAUACCUCAGCAGCUCUCAAGGCUCAGACCGACCAAAUGAGUAGAGUUGUCAAUGAACUUGAUUCUAUUCAUUUCUCACUCAAGAAGGCCUCCAAGCUGGUCAAGGAAAUUGGUAGGCAGGUUGCCACAGACAAAUGUAUAAUGGCUUUUCUUUUCCUUAUUGUCAUUGGUGUCAUAGCAAUCAUCAUCGUCAAGAUUGUGAACCCAAACAACAAAGACAUCGCGGACAUACCGGGCCUAGCUCCACCAGCCAUGAACAGACGUUUACUCUGGAACCAUUACUGA